AUGGGCCUAUUUGUACUAGCCAGUAUUGGCUUAUCGAUGUACAUUUGGUCCAUGACAUUGUACAACGUCUACAAACCCCUUUCUUCUACUUUGUCAGCUGCUGCUCCAUCUGUGCAUCCGUUAUCAUUGUUUGCGGCAUUUCAGAGUGCAUUCACAACAACAAAGGAACAAAACAAUCAGCCACCAAAACGACAAGGUAGAAAACGUAAACAAUUAACUUUGGCCGAAGCACAAAGGGAAGAAUUACGGGAAUCACUCAAGAUCUUGUUCAUUUGGCUAGCAUGUAAGGGUACUGAACCUGCAUUCGAUUAUACAUUUGGAUAUGUUGUCCCAUUCUACAAUGCCAUCAAGGUUCUUUGUCUUUUGGUAUUUGCCAGAUUUCGAGCACAAUUAUCCAUCCAUUUGUUUGAUUCGUUCAUCAUCCCACUUGGUCGUCCAAAUACGCCACUGAUCAAUUCAACAGCAUUCACCAACCUCAUCUUGCCUUGGCUUCGGUUUAUGCUGUCGUUACCUUUUGCUCAUCUUUUUGCAGCAUUUCGCAAUACACUAAAUUCACUCUUGUCUUCGUGGGGCAAUGAAGGUCAAGUGGAAAAUGCAACUUUGGCAGAAGAAGAAAGGGCAAAGAUGCAACGUCAAAUGCUAGAAGCAGAUCGUGUACCACCGCCAAAAAUGAAGUCUGGUGCACGCCAAGCAUCCACUUCUGGCAUUAGAAAAGAUGGUCGAAACGGAUCAGGUCCUUCACAUGGCACGAAAGGCGGUGGUGGUGGUGGUCUCAGCGCAGCAAACAACAGCCUGCGAUAUCAGAGAAGCAUGGAUUCGCUGGCUUCCCGAACAACUGCGAUCACGAACAGAAAUCUCGCUUCAGCUUCACGUCAGCGAAGUGUGUCUUCUCGAAUGACACCAGGUACGCAAGAGACAUUUCAACAACUGCAAUCGCUGCCAUCCGUUCCGCGGGAUUUGCCUGAUUCAUCGAUCAGAGUGGAGGGAAGGACUGUUUCUGGACCUGCUUCUCACAAUCCACCUCUGACAUCUUCGCCAAUGUCAAACUUUGCGCAUAUACCAGGUAUUGGCAAUCCGAUGCAACAUAAUGACUUUGUUCCUCCGCCCAAUGGUCGACCUAUUUCACAUCUUCGGCCUUCUAUCGUAGAGAAGAUGCCCGGAAGCCUAGCAAACUCUCCAGUGAAGCCGUUUUCCAAUCUUGGACAAGAGACGCUUGACGAGAACGUUGCAGGUGAUCAGACCAUAACAAUGAAUGCGGUUAAUCUGGCUGAGGACAUCGUUUUAUCUGAGGAAGUGCAACAAGAGAAGCAACUCCCAUCUGAUUCGGAAUCCACCUCGACGGCAGCUUCGAAGAAGAAGGCCCCCUCUAAACGAAAAGUCAGUGAGAUCGAUGGUGAACUUUCGGAGGGCAGGGAAGCCAAGCUCAAAAUAUCUCCAGGCAAGAAAGUUAGCCGGGUAGCACCACAAAACAAGCGAGACGCUUCCACCACAACUGCAGCUCCAAAGACUGCAAAAGCAGCAGCGACCAAGAAAGCUGGCGAGUCGGCUACGACGACAAGUUUACCUCGUUCGCGUAGCAAGAGAAAUGUAGGGACCACGACAGAUGCGAGUGGGGAAGAAGCUAAAGGUACUUCAAGGAUUCCAAGAACAAGGAGAGGGGCCACGUAA